GAAAAUGUGCUUUUUCUGGUGACCAACUUCAUCGCGACAGCAAAGCAAGCCCAGGGCACCUGUCCCGAGAGCCCUUCUAUUCUUGACGCGAUGUGCACAGAAGAUGCAGACUGUCCCAUGGGAAACCCAGUGGUUGGUGGCAAUGGGAUAAAAACUGGGAAAUGUGUGAUGUUCAACACCACCCAUUCAACCUGUGAGAUCUACGGCUGGUGUCCUGUGGAGAACAACACACUGCCCAGGUGCAAUACUUUGCAAACCAGUGACCCCACCUAUUUCAAGAGCUGCACGUAUGAUCCGUUCUUCAAUCCCUUCUGCCCCAUCUUCCGUGUCCGUGACAUGGUGGAGGCAGCUGGAGAGACCUUUGGAGACCUCGCACUGCUGGGCGGGAGCAUCGGCGUUCGCAUCGAGUGGGACUGCAACCUGGAUCACCCCUCUGCCCAGUGCCAGCCGCAGUACUCCUUCAGCCUGCAGGACAGGAGGUACAAUUUUAGAACUGCCUCCUACUACUGGGACUCCCAGCGGCGGCUCUACCGGAACCUGCUGAAGCUCUAUGGCAUCCGCUUCGACGUCUCCGUGCACGGCCAGGCUGGGAAGUUCAACAUAAUUCCCGCUGCUGUGAGCUUCGGCACUGGCAUCGCAUUCUUUGGUGCUGCCACGGUGGUCUGUGACCUGGUUCUGCUCUACCUGGAUGCGAAGGCUGACUUCUAUUGGAAGGAGAAGUUUGAGGAGGCAAAACCCCCUAAAGGUAAGACCGAACCUGCGGCUUAG